GACAUCUACAUGUCAGAAAAAUUUCAGUGUUUUGAAAUUUCAAAAUUCUAGUAAUUGUCAACUGAGUCAACUCCAACAAUGUUUUUCAGAUAAUGAUGCAAAUAAAAACAAUUACUUUACUGUAAUAGAUUAUAUUAUUAUACUAAGAACAAUUUACUGAUGCGUAAAACCACAAAGAUAAAAAAGCCUUGACAAAUUAAGAGGCAUACUUGUUUUUUCACCAGUCACUGAAGAGACCAUUAGUGAAUUAGAAAAAAAAAAUGUUUAUUUGUUGAAACAUAACUCUACAAGAAUGGAAUCUGGUGAUGAUAUUUUCAAACUUCAACUCAUAACUCUUUUUGACUCAUUGAGUUUUGGCCUUAUAUAUGCAUUCCUGCCACCGUAUAUGAUAGUUCUAGGUGGAGAUAAUGUAACUUGUGGAAUUUUGGCAGUAACAACUUUAUUAGCACAACUACUCUCUGGUGAUAUUGUAAGAGAUUUAGUAAACUUCCAAGGACGAAAAGCAGCUCUGUACUCUAUUUUAAAUAUCGCAGGUGUAUGCCAUUCUUUAUUAUUUGUAACCAACAGUUAUUGGUUCACUAUAUUUGCAAGAUGUAUUUUUGCUUCUACAAAUCAAACUAGCAGUAUUUUAAAAACUAUGAUAUUAAAAAGAACACCAGCAGAUGAUACUCAAUUCCAAUUGAUGACAUUCCAUAUUAUAACCAGUGCUGGCUAUUUGAUAGGACCGAUCGUUGCUGGUUGUCUAUUUGACGUUAGUUUCGCUAUUCCUUGCUUCUUGGCAGCAUUCCUAACCAUUUUGAGCAUCGGUAUUUUAACUUUCGUCAAGGACAUCGAUGACGGUCCAGUAGAGGGCAGCGACAUAGCAGUAUUCCAGAGGGCAGCACAAACAGUCAAGGGCAGCGUAGCUGAAUUCAACAACUCCAACUACGAGACAAACUGGGACGUGAUGGCCAUUAAGUACUGUUUCAGUGCCAGCACGUCGAUUUUCUUCUCGAAGUUUACUCAAAUAUUGAAGCACAAUUAUGAAGCAGAUUCAGUGGCUAUCGGUUACACGACGUCGUACAUGAACGCUCUGAUGUUUAUAGGGAUUUAUUGCAGUGAGAGAUUGAAGAAGAAGCUCACAAACAUUCCGCCCAAUUUACUAUUAAACUAUUCGUUUGCUGUUCUCCUAAUAUCUUCCUUGCUAGCGUGUUAUUCUCCAGCUUAUGUAUUUUACGCUCUGCUUUGCAUUCCAGUGGUACUCUCGCGUACUUUGAUAUUCGAUCUAUGGGAGGACAUCUUGACGGAACGAAAUAAUAAUGAUCUGAAGAAAACGAACGAAUCUAUAAGCGUAAGUGCUGGCUUGACUGUUCCUAUUAUGUUUGGCGUCGUGUGUAAUCAGAUCGGCCACCAUGCCGUCGUCCUAUUCUCAGUAUUACCCUUAGUGGCGUCUCUGGUGAUUAUUAAUCGCCAGAUGUCUUCCAAGAUUACUAAAAUCGAGUGAUAUUUUGUGAUUAAAUUGUUUUUGAUCAAGUUUAUGGUCGCUGUUGAUAUAUAAGUAUGUUUUUUACACGAAGUAUGUUUUUGAAGUAAGUACCAUUUAG